AUGGCGCCUGCCUGGGCCAAGGCCCACCUGACGGGGGCUCUCUGGCUGCCUCUCCUCUGGCUACUCCUGUCUCAGGUCAGUUGUUCCCAUGCCCUACCAGGAUGGCGUUUCACUUCCUCUGAAAUUGUGAUCCCCAGGAAGGUGUCCCACAGGCUGGGCGGAGCUGGGGUACGAGGCCAGCUCUCCUACAGGAUUCACUUCAGUGGCCGAAGACAUGUGGUUCACAUGAAGGUCAAGAAGAACUUGCUGCCCAGACAUUUUCCGGUUAUCACCUAUAACGACCAAGGUGCCAUGCAGGAGGACUACCCCUUUAUCCCUCGAGACUGCUACUACUUCAGCUACUUGGAGGGGGUUCCUGGAUCCAUGGGCACGCUGGACACUUGCUAUGGGGGUCUGCGUGGCAUGCUGCAGGUGGAUGACUCGACUUAUGAAAUCGAACCAAUGGAGGCUUCUUCCAAGUUUGAGCAUGUGAUGUCUCUGCUUGUGAAAGAACAACCAAGAGAGGACGAAAGUUGUAAGAUUGAAAAAGAAGAUGCAGAUCUAGCAUAUGAAGAGGCAACAUUUGCUGAAACCCCUAGAGCAGCGCCCGUGUAUUUAUGGUGGCCCCGUAGAAGAAAUUUAAAACUUCACUACACAGUUAGUAACUCAUUAUACAGGAGCAGGCCUAAUAAGACAGAUCUAAUAGAGAGAGUGGUGAUGCUUAACAGCAUAUUACACAGCAUUUUUCAUCAACAUCUUCUGGUUGUCAACCUACGUGCUUUGUGCAUCUGGGACGAUACAGAUCACACGGACGUAACAAGGUAUAACUCUGCGUCUAAAGCUGUGGAACAGUUUGGUUUGUGGAAAACUUAUAAUGUGUUUCGUCUUAUUAGACAUGAUACUUCAAUACUUCUUACAGGACAUAAAAUCGGUGGUCAAAACCAUUUUGGCUUCCCAGAUGGAAUAUGCAACCCCAACUGGGGGGCAAUGUUUGUAUAUGUAGCAAAUGUUCAUCUAUUUUUAGGUGCCGGUAUCGCAGCACAUACACUGGGUCAUAUUUUUGCCAUGGAACAUGAUGUAGCUGGUUGUAAAUGUUUUCGAAGAACUUUCUGUGUCAUGGCUCCUACACCAGGUCUUAACGAUAUGUUCAGCAAUUGUUCUUAUACGCGUAUCCACUAUCGAUUACACUGCUAUGAUGAAUGUUUGGCUUACACAAUGGCACCAUACAAUAAUUUUCCUUAUGUAGCUCCUCGUUGUGGAGACAAGAUCAUAAAUCAGCAGGAAGAAUGUGACUGUGGCUCCUUGAAAGACUGUGCUGAAAACAAAUGUUGUGAGACCAAUUGUGCCCUCUCCCUUGGUAGUGAAUGCAGUAGAGGAGAGUGCUGUGUUAACUGUAAGUAUGCUAAUCCUGGAUGGAUUUGUAGAGAGAAGGGUGGCAUUUGCGAUCUACCAGAAUACUGUGAUGGGAAAAAGGCUACUUGUCCAAAUGACUUCUAUAUCCAGGAUGGAACCCCGUGUUCACCUUUAGCUGUUUGUGUGAGAGGAAACUGUAGUGACCGUGACAUGCAGUGUCAAGCUCUAUUUGGCUACAAAGUGAGAGAUGCUCCGCAAGUGUGCUAUGAUACACUGAAUGUAAGGGGUGACCGAUUUGGAAGCUGUGGGCAGGUCUUCAGCAAGGUGGGAGAAAGACAUAAACCAUGUGAAGAAGAUGAUGUUCUUUGUGGAACGUUGCACUGUCGUGAUGUCCAACAAGUACCUGGUGGAGAUGAGAGAGACUUGAGCAUGAUGGGGAAUCAGAUCCUUAAAGGCCAGCUCUGCACAAUGACCAGCUCAGAGGCAGGAGCCAGAACAACAGUGCCUCACACACUCUUUUGUCUGGAUAGAUGACUCCGUAAUGGCAGCUCCAUAAUGGAGGCUAGUGAGGCCAGCGUGUCCAUGAGAAUUGUUAUCCUGCUGCUCUGGGUUGGGGUGUUUCUAUCCCUUUCUGGCCUCUCCCAGGCUAGGCUUUCUCAACACCUCAGCUCCCCAGAAGUGGUGGUCCCCCUGAAGGUGACAAGCAAAAGCAGAGGUUCACAGGUUCCGAGCUGGCUCUCCUAUAGCAUUCAGUUAGGGGGCUGGAGACACAUUAUCCACAUGAGGGUCAAGAAGUUCCUGGUUUCCAGACACCUACCAGUGUUCACCUACACGGACCAGCAUGUCCUCCAGGAGGAUCAGCCUUUUGUUCCUGAUGACUGCUACUACCAUGGUUAUGUGCAGGGGGUCCCAGGGUCCCUGGUUGCCCUCAGUACCUGUUCUGGAGGUUUUCAAGGAAUGCUACAGAUAAAUGACCUUGCUUAUGAAAUCGAGCCCAUCAGGCACUCUACCACAUUUGAACACCUGGUGUAUAAGAUAGACAGUGAUGGUACACAGUUCCCACCUAUGAGAUGUGGCUUGACAGAAGAGAAAAUAGCACGCCAAUUGGAGUUGCAAGAGUUGCCUAAGUCCACUCUGAUGCAAAGUUCUUAUAUGAACUGGUGGACUCACUUGCGAUUUCUUGAGCUGGCAAUAGUUGUGGACCACUUUCGAUACAUUUACUCUGGAAGUAAUGUGUCAGCAGUGCAGCGUGAACUACUUAAUGUUGUCAGUAUGAUAAAUCUCUUAUACCGCCCUUUCAAGCUUAAUGUAAUUUUGACCGGAGUUGAGGUCUGGAAUCAAAGAAACCUAGUUCCCACUGAUGACAUAGAUCAGCUUCUGGAUGACUUUGGUCUCUGGAAGUUUGUCAAUCUUGAUGGCCGACUGCAACAUGAUGUGGUCCAUCUUUUCAUAAAAAAAUUUUUUGGGGUUAAGCUUGGUAUUGCCUACACUUCAGGAGUAUGCCGGAAGCCUUUUAAUACUGGAGUUGAUGUUUUCCUAGACCACAAUGUGAACUCUUUUGCACUUACUGUGAUCCAUGAGCUUGGUCAUAAUAUGGGUAUGCAGCAUGACACUGCAUGGUGUGUGUGUGGUUUCAAGUGGUGCGUAAUGGCAGCCAUGAAACGGCUAACAGUUAAAUUCAGCAACUGCAGUUAUGCCCAGUAUUGGGACACUACGAUUCGUACCGGUUCAUGUAUUUACACUCCUCCAUCUCCAGGGAAUAUUUUUAGUCUGAAGCGCUGUGGAAAUGAUGUGGUUGAAGAAGGAGAGGAGUGUGACUGUGGAUCUGUAAAGCAGUGUGAACAAGAUCCAUGUUGUCUGUUGAACUGCACUCUGAGCCCUGGUUCUGCUUGUGCUUUUGGGCUGUGUUGCAAAGACUGCAAGCUCAUGCCAUCAGGGACUUUGUGCAGACAACAGAUCAGUGAAUGUGACCUUCCAGAGUGGUGCAAUGGGAUAUCCCACCAGUGCCCAGAAGAUGGAUAUGUGCAGGAUGGGAUUCCCUGUGGUGACAAUGCCUACUGCUAUGAAAAGAGUUGUAAUAGCCACGACAAGCAGUGCAGGGAGAUUUUUGGUGAAGAUGCAAAGAGUGCAUCUCAGGAGUGCUACAAAGAAAUCAACUCCCAGGGAAACCUUUUUGGCCACUGUGGUCUAAAUAGUACGACAUACCUAAAAUGUAAUACCUCAGAUAUCUUCUGUGGGAGAGUUCAGUGUGAGAAUGUAAGAAACAUUCCCCAUCUAAGAGAUCACUCUGCUUUGCAGCACACACAUAUCAAUGGUGUCACCUGCUGGAGUGUCGGUUAUUAUUUAGGGAUAAACACACCUGAUAUCGGUGAAGUGAAAGAUGGCACCAUGUGUGGUUCAAGAAAGACCUGCAUACAGAAGAAGUGUGUCAGUCUCCCCCUCCUAUCACAAGUCUGCCUGCCUGAGACCUGCAACAUGAAGGGAAUCUGCAAUAAUAAACAUCACUGCCACUGUGGCUAUGGGUGGUCCCCGCCCUACUGCCUGCACAGAGGCUAUGGAGGUAGUGUUGACAGUGGCCCGGCAUCUGCCAGAAAAGGCGUGUUCUUUCUAGUUAUGAUUCUUAGUUUGUCUGUUUUGCUCCUACUGUUGACUACUGUAUUUAUAUAUCUCCAAAAAUGUGUUGGUCCCUAG